AUGGCUGAUCGUACUCAAUAUCCACAUCAAGUUCAAGUUCAUCCUUCAAGUCGUUAUGAAGGUGGUAUGGCCACACUUCUUCCUUCAAAAGGUCCUUCAACUAGCCAAAUUCUAGCUGUUGUUACGCUUGUUCCUGUCGGUGGGGUUCUUCUCGGACUUGCUGGGCUUACUCUUCUUGGGACGAUUAUUGGGCUCGUUGUUGCUACGCCCGUUUUUCUUCUCUUUAGCCCCGUCCUCGUACCCGCUGCUAUUACUGUUGCGCUAGCCGUCACUGGUUUCUUAACUUCAGGUGCAUUUGGAUUGACGGGUUUAUCAUCACUAUCGUGGAUUGUGAAUUACUUCAAACAAGGGAGGACGACGAUGGAGCAGUUGGAUUACACGAAAAGGCGAAUUCAGGAGCGAGCAGCAGAAGCAGCGGCGCAAGUGGGACAAAAGACUAAGGAGGCUGGGCAAGCAAUACAGAGCAAAGCACAAGAAACGAAAGAAAGUGCUAGAACUUAA